CACAUGCAGCCCCUCCUGUGAUGGAGUGGGAGCAGAUAGGGGGAGAUAAAGAAAGGAUGGAGUUGAAAAGGAGAUGGAGAGCGGGAUUACUAGUGUGACGGCGCUGGCAGAUGAGCGGCAGCACCGCGCUGAGGGAGGGAGAGGAGCUCUGGUGGGGGGGGGGGGGACGACCAACAAAUCAGUGCAACAGGAUGAGGACCUGCUAGUGCCCGGCCGGCCCGACCCCGCAGACCUGCCAUCUGUCCCGCUGUUCUCUCCGUGUUCCCGGCGCUCGCACCAUCAGGCAACAUCUGGAUCACCUCGCAUCCGCGCGGGAAACAGGGUGAAGGGGAGACGAGCCACCCAAAUAUUAUCCUCCCCUCAUCCCUUUUGAUCACACCGGAGCUGGAAGGCGCAUCAUCAUCAUCAUCAUCAUCAUCAUCACCACCACCACCGGGGGGGGGAUCCCUUUUGCUGCGGAGUAUCAUCAUCAUCACCAUCACAGGGGCUGAGAACUGGACCGGAGGAGUGCCGGGCGGAAAAGAGGAAAAACUUUUGCUCCAAAGAUGCGGAGGCUUGCACAGGACCCCUGCCUGAUCUGCCUGUGAGAUGGUCUUUUUUCCUCAACUUCCCAUGGAUCUGUCGUGUCUGCUGCCUCCGAGCAGGGAGAGGGGAAAGGAGGCGGAGAGGGGGAGAAAGGAGGUAGCGGCGGGGAAGCAUCGCUGCUGAAGUGUUACCGGCGUUUGUGCUCCUCUGCCGAAGAAGCAUUGUAUCGCCCCCCCCCUCCCCUCCACUCCCCUCUUUUGCUCUCCUCAUCCGACCGGCGGGGAGCCUGAAGGAUACAGACAGAGAGCUAAACACAGUGCUGAGGGCAGAGAAACAGGAAUAGAGAGAGAGAGACAAUUGGAGAGAAGAAGUUUCGGGGGGACAAUGGAGCAGCAGGAGUUCAAGUUGGAUGACAGCAGAGAGUGCAGGCUGUAGGCUGGCAACAUGGCCAUACCCAGGAGACCACCUCCUCCCUCUCCUCGGUCUCCGCUCUUCCUCCUGCUCCUCCUCCUCCUGCUCCUCAUCUCCUCCCCGCUGCCCCUGCAGGCCCGGCCGCUCCUCCUCCACCCGUCCAUCAACGUGGCGGUGGUGUUCAGCGGCUCCAGCUACCAGAACGAGGUCAGGGGUCGCCUCAGCGGGGAGAACUUUGUGGACCUGCCCGUGGUGGUCAGCCCCGUGACGGUGCUGGUCAACGACACCAACCCGCGCGACCUGCUGACGCGCCUGUGUGACACCAUGGCGAUGGAGAAGCUGCACGCCGUGGUGUUUGAGGAUGAUGUGGGCUCAGGUGCCGGCGUUCAGGUGGCAGAGGUGGCACAGAUCCUGGACUUCCUCUCCACCCAGACAGCGCUGCCAAUCGUGGGCGUCAGCGGCGGCUCUGCGGUUGUCAUACCAUACAAGGCAGAAGGUUCCUCCUUCCUGCAGAUGGGGGCGUCUCUGGAGCAGCAGAUCCUCUGCAUGUUCAAGCUCAUGGAGGAGUAUGACUGGGGCGCGUUUGCGGUGAUCACCAGCUUGCUGCCGGGAUACGACACCUUUGUGGACAUAGUUGAGGCCUACACGGACACGUCCUAUUUCCUGUGGAAUCUACAGGAUGUUUUAACCCUGGAAAUGUCUGUUGGGUCAAACGACGGGAAGACCAAGCGCAUGCUGCAGCAGUUGGACUCGCAGGUCCUGCUGGCGUACUGCUCCCACGAGGAGGCGCAGUACCUGUUCCGUCAGGCCGCCGAGGUGGGCCUGCUGGGGCCGGGCUACAUCUGGAUCCUCCCCAGCCUGGCCGUGGGCAACCCCGACAGCCCCCCGCCCGACGGCUUCCCCGUCGGCGUGAUCGGCGUGAUCACGGACCAGUGGAGGAAGAGCCUGCGGCAGCGGGUGAGGGAGGGCGUCGCCAUCACCGCCAAAGGGGCCGAGAGCUUCAAGAAGCAGCACGGCUUCAUCCCCGAGGGACACGGCGACUGCAGCAAGCUCGCCAAGCACUCGGACAACAACACUCUGUUCAGGCACAUGAUGAACGUGACGUGGGAACGGAGAGAUCUGUCGUUCAACAGCCAGGGCUUCCUCUCCAACCCCUCCAUGAUCAUCGUCGCUCUGGACCGGGAGCGGCUCUGGGACAAGGUGGGUACGUACGCCCGGGGGAUCCUCCAGGUGCGCUACCCCGUCUGGCCCCGGUACGGCAGCUUCCUGGAGCAGGUGUCCGACGACCGCCACCUGACCGUGGCGACGCUGGAGGAGCAUCCCUUCGUCAUGGUGGAGAACGUGGACCCGGGCACCGGCACGUGCGUCCGCAACACGGUGCCCUGCAGGCGCCAGUCCAACCGCACGGAGAGUGUUAUUGGCCAAGCGGAGUCCUACACCAAACUGUGCUGCAAGGGCUUCUGCAUUGACAUCCUGAAGAAGCUGUCGCGCACCAUCAAGUUCUCCUAUGACCUCUACCUGGUCACCAACGGAAAACACGGCAAGCUGGUCCGCGGAACCUGGAACGGCAUGAUUGGGGAGGUUGUGUACAGGCGAGCUGACAUGGCCAUCGGCUCCCUCACCAUCAACGAGGAGCGUUCGGAAAUCAUCGACUUCUCGGUGCCGUUCGUGGAGACGGGCAUCAGCGUCAUGGUAGCCCGCAGCAACGGCACAGUUUCCCCAUCUGCCUUUCUCGAGCCCUACAGCCCAGCAGUUUGGGUCAUGAUGUUCGUGAUGUGCCUGACCGUCGUGGCGGUGACAGUUUUCGUGUUCGAGUACCUCAGUCCGGUUGGCUACAAUCGCAGUUUGGUGAGCGCCAAAGAUCCCGGCGGUCCAACGUUCACCAUCGGGAAGUCGGUGUGGCUCUUGUGGGGCAUCGUCUUCAACAACUCGGUGCCCAUCGAGAACCCCAAAGGCACAACCAGCAAGAUCAUGGUGCUGGUGUGGGCCUUCUUCGCCGUCAUCUUCCUGGCCUCCUACACCGCCAACCUGGCCGCCUUCAUGAUCCAGGAGCAGUACAUCGACACGGUGUCCGGCCUCUCCGACAAGAAGUUCCAGAAACCACACGAGCAUUACCCUCCUUUUCGCUUCGGGACGGUCCCGAACGGGAGCACGGAGAGGAACAUCCGCAGCAACUAUCCCGACAUGCACACACACAUGAUGAAAUACAACCAGAAGGGGGUGGAGGAAGCCCUAGAAAGCCUCAAAAACGGGAAGCUGGACGCCUUCAUCUACGACGCUGCAGUUUUGAACUACAUGGCCGGGAAAGAUGAGGGCUGCAAGCUGGUGACCAUCGGCAGCGGCAAAGUGUUCGCCACCACGGGGUACGGCAUCGCUCUGCAGAAGGACUCCCGCUGGAAGAGGCUUAUUGACCUGGCGCUGCUGCAGUUCCUCGGAGAUGGAGACACCCAGCGCUUGGAGACAGUGUGGCUGUCGGGCAUCUGCCAGAACGAGAAGAACGAAGUGAUGAGCAGCAAGCUGGACAUCGACAACAUGGCGGGCGUCUUCUACAUGCUGCUGGUGGCCAUGGGCCUCAGCCUGCUGGUCUUCGCCUGGGAACACCUGCUCUACUGGAAACUGCGGCACUCCCUCCACAAGUCCCACAAACUGGAAUUCAUGUUGGCCAUCAGUAGGGGUAUUUACAGUUGCUUCAAAGGAGUGGAGGAAACAGGGCAUUCAUCUGGUUUGGCAAAACCUGACCUGACCUCCAACUACGCUCAAGCAAACAUGCUGAAGAUGCUCCGUACAGCCAAGGACCUGGUCUCCACUGCCAACGUUGAGAGCUCCCUGGACAACGCCACCAAGACUAUACAGCACUUGAGCCGUCAUGGCGGCAGCCUGCCUGUUCGCGUUCCACAAGUCGCCACUGAGGCGGUACCUGGAGGAUUUGCUUAUGUUACUGAGAAUCACUUAUCCCUCCCCCAGCGCUCACUGACCCCACCUCUGACUGCUGUUAACUCUCUGAAACUGCAGAGGGGUGUGACCAGGCCCACGCCACUCCGCUACACUAUGCCCACUCGCUCUACUUCCUGUCUGUAUGACCGUCCACUUCCUGUAUCCAGCCUCAGCAGCCCCCAUCUGGCCGUGGGUGACCCCCUCCCCCAUCAGCACCCGCACCACUACCAGACCACGGGGAGACUUUACGUAGACAACCAUCCUCACUCGCCCUUCACCCCUUACGCCGACCUCCAACUACCUGACAUCUACAGCUCUCAUCCGGUCUCCUCGCCUCAAAACCAGCACAUCCCGGCGGGCUUCUCCCGAAGGAAAAGGAGGUCCAAGAGUUUCCAGUGUGAGGACAUGGAUGUGGAGAGGAGAAAACACAGGGACCAGGAAAUGAGUAACAUAACUCCUGUCUGCCUGAGUGAGCUGAAAGCCAACCACCUCCAAGACAACCACAUCUCUGCCCCCAGCGUUGAUAGCAUCUACACAGGGGAAGUCAUGGGUCCUCCAGUAGACAACUACAGCUCCUGGCCGCCAGAAGACCUUGUGAUGAGAGGGAGACGCAGGCACCGCCGCCCCUCUUUCCUUAAAGCGACUUGGGGCAGCGAGCAAAUCCGGCAGCGCGAAGAAUCCCAGUCAUCCCUGUCCAGCCAAUCACCUUCAACCUUGCCAGACCUGUUCCCAUGCAUUGUUACAACAACCACACCUGGCAAGGCCUACAACCCCGCCAACCUACGAAACAACCUGUGCCUCCCACGGAAUCAGGCCUACCUCCACAUUAGGGAGGACCAGAGGAGGCCCAAUGGGCGUAAGGGCCAGCGGCUGCGCUACUCCCACUCCGCCCACCUCCCCACAUAUGGAGAAGCAGUUCGACAUGGGACUGGGUUGGGGCGGGGGAUGGUACGGAGAGCCACCAGCUUGCUCAGCAGACAGUACGCCCACUACCUGAACUCAUAUCCAGGACUACCCCUCUACCACGGCCCCCUGGACCUGCAGCACCACAGCCAGGCCUCCAGCAGCGCCAGCCCAGUGUGUCAGCUGCUGGCCUGUGGAGGCGGGCGAUGUGGGAGCCAGCGGGCACUACUGUACCAGGACAGUGUCUAUGGGGCCUACGGGGUCUAUCAGGGGUCCCAAACUGGAUUAGAGGCCAAGGCAUGUCAGGGAGUAGGGGGCCAGCCUGCAGGGAGCCCCUGCAUUCUUCGCCCAUGGCGGCGGGUGUCCAGCCUGGAGUCUGAGGUCUGAUGGGAAACUAAAGGGACCUAAUAAGAUGGAUACUGUACGAGUUCCUGAACGAGACCACUGUGGAGAGUGUGUAGUGGUUCGAUUAAUGACACAGGGAAAAAAAUAUGACUUGAAGUAAGUGGUGAUUUUCUAUGUGACUUUGUGUGGUAAGAAAAAAAAGGUUUGGGUCUGCACAUUUCAAAAGACUAGGGCUGAUUAAAUGUACACCGCAGUGGGAUCAGAAGACUACACCGUUAUUCAUUUAUCUCCAGGAAAGCUGUGGAAAGCUGGAGUCGUCCGGUUUUACUCCCUGCUUUCAUACGACAACGCUUCUGUGUUUUUCUGUGCUUUAAUGUGCACUAAGAUUUACAACAGUCCACAGUGUUGCGCAUGGACCGUGCCUGCGUUUUGUGUGUAUUUUAUCGUGGAUGGUUGGAAUUCGGUCUUGGGUGUCGUUGAGUAGAUGAAUGUUUACAGCUUGGGGGGAAAUAACAGAAGGACAUAUGGAAUUGUCUCUUUAAAUAUAGCCACCAAAACACAAGCAGCAGCCAUUGUAGCAAGAUUUUUCGUGAAGACAAGAGGAGUUUAAAUCCAAAGUGAGACAUCCAAUAUACAAACAUUUUGACUCUGGACAAAGAAGAGCAGCAGUUUUUCUAGAAUGAAAUAUUCACUUUGAGACAUCCAUCUAUGAAUUUCAGGUAACUUCUUUGAGUAUUCACGAUGUUUUGGAGCUAAACCUUUCGCGUCUUCAUUUAGUGAGGAGUCAGAGGAAGCAGAGACUUUGUGAACGCAGUCCAUAUGAACACAAUCUGCAAAAGAUGAUGAAAGUAUUGGGACAGCAUUGACCAGCACUAGGUGUCUUAAACCUUGGACUCUUCCUUACUGGGUCUCAGCGGGAGGCCACAGUGCAGCACAACAUCACACAGGGCCUCACGAUAAAUAAAUUCUGUAUUCUAAGUACUAUAUCGAUAUAUGUAAGAUGUGUUAUUUGGGGCUGGUUCGUGUCAUAUUCAUGUACUCUUCAUAUGAUAGGAAUUUAUAGUCACUUUUAAAAUUUUCUAAUUACACUUCUGCCACUGAUUUUUUUUUUUGAAAAGCUAUUGCUGAUUUACUGGAAUAUUUGUUAUUACUGUAUUAUUAACUCUAUCAGUUGGCCUAUAUUAAGAUUUUCAUCACUCUCUCUUUUCCACUCUUUUAUAUUCCCUCAUCACUCCCUCUUUUCCCCCCAUUCCCCUUAACUGUUUAAUGAUUGAAUUUAAAUUAGGUAAUUGAAAGCUAUUCUAGUAAUUAUAUUACCUGGCUCCCCUUACCCUGUAAUGAAUCACCUAGACCAAUUAAAAAGCCUUUUUGGAUGAA